CAACAACAUCCGACCGCUUCAUCAAGGCAGUGCAUUCCAAAACAACCGGGACAUUUACGCACAUGACGUGCAAGGGCAGCAUAACAAGCCAUCGGGUCCUAAACAACAGAAAAACGGGGAGCAAUGUCCUGUUGGCCGCGCGGUGAGGAGGGGGAAGACAAUCAGCAUCCUGACACUGAUUCGGAUGUUGCAGAGCAGAAGGAUGGUGGGAAAGUGAAAGUGAGGUGGACACAAGACGAGGAUGACAAGUUGAGGACACUGGUUCAAAAACUGGGACAGAAUGAUUGGAGAAAUGUUGCCAUCCAUAUACCAAAUCGAACUGAACACCAAUGUCAGCAUCGUUGGCUGAAGGUUUUGGAUCCAGAAUUAAUUAAAGGUCCUUGGACAAAAGAAGAAGAUGAAAAGGUCAUAGAGCUUGUAAAUCUCUAUGGUAACAAACAAUGGGCAGUGGUAGCCAAGCAUCUGAAGGGUAGGGUUGGGAAGCAGUGUCGAGAGCGUUGGCACAACCACCUCAACCCCUGUGUGAAGAAGUCUUCAUGGACAGCUGAGGAGGACCUCAUCAUCUAUAAGGCUCACUGUAUCCUUGGAAAUCGCUGGGCUGAGAUAGCAAAGUUAUUGCCAGGAAGGACUGAUAACGCGGUGAAGAAUCACUGGAAUUCAACCAUUAAGCGCAAACUGGAAAUGGGCUUCUAUUCAAGAGAGGAUUUUACACCAAGUGAGCUUGAAGAGGUGUUAGCCCAUGUUAAAGAUGUGCAGAUACCCAAUUGCUCUCAAGAGCCUGCUGACCUGGAUUCAGAGCAGGAAACACAUCCCCCAUUGCAGGAAAUGCCAGACUCAAUCACUGUGAAUGGUGAUGACGAGGCAGGUCCUUCCCGGGUUGUGCCCUCUCCGAAGGAAAGUUCAAGCCCUCUGUCAGAAGCAGACCAUACGGGAGAGAUGAAUUCUACGAACUGGGUUGUGGACAACUCUGGCUUUCUCUCCCCCACGGGACCAGCAUUGAGGGAGGUCCUGGACAUGGUGGAUGGGGACCUCGAUGGCUGGUGUAACCUAGCAGCAUUUGACUUGGCUGAAGAGAGCCCAAGCCCAGAACGCCACCAGUUCCGCCUUGAAGGCAGCGCCCUGCAGGAGUUGAGCAAAUGCAGCAAAGGAGAACUCAUACCGAUCUCUCCUGGUGGGGUCACACCUUCCAUACUGAAUCAUCGAAGUCGGAGACAUUUGUCUCCUGAUGGUAAUAGCUUAAUGACACCGAAGAGCACACCAGUAAAGAUAUUGCCCUUUUCACCCUCUCAAUUCCUGAACAUGUGGACAAAGCAGGAUACUCAUGACCUGGAGAACCCAUCGCUCACAUCCACACCAGUGUGCAGCCAGAAAGCCAUCGUUACCACACCUCUACAGAGAGACAAGACCCCAAUCAAUCUAAAGGAAAACUCAGUAUUCAUUACACCCAACCACAAGUCUGAGCUUUGCACGAUGCCACGCACUCCAACACCGUUCAAAAAUGCCAUGGAGAAAUACGGCCCUCUGCAGCCUCUGCCUCAGACUCCGAACCUUGAGGAGGACAUUAAUGAAGUGAUCCUAAGAGAUGUGGGGAUUGACAUGGCGGCUGAACUUCCAGCUGUUCCUGAGCAAAGACGCAAAGCAAUGCAUCGCCCACCUAUAAAGAAAGUACGGAAGUCAUUGGCACUAGAUGACUGCCAGGUGAUGCCCAAGUCCAAACGCAAAUCUAAGACUGAAGCCAGAAAUUGCUUCAAGGAAGAACCUGUGACUGUUCAUAUAAGCUCCUCAUUUUGUCCUAAAACCCAUGAAAAUAUUUUGGAUCAGGGAUUCCUUUUGGGGCCAAGUGACAGCGCUAUUUUUCCUAGUGUGGUGCCCCCAAUUCCGAUGUCCAAAGAAUGGGAGACCGUUGCAUGUGGACAAACGAAAGAUCAGCUCAUUAUGACAGAGAAAGCUAGGCGCUACCUGCGCUCCUUAAAAGCUCGCACUCCAAACAGAGCUCUGCUGUUGUCCUGAGACUACUUGCACCUUUGUACAAAGUUGUUACACAAACACAACAGAAUGUUCUGUUGUUUGCUGUUGUGUGGUUGUGAAGAAAAGUACUGUAUGCGCCUUGUGAAUGUUAUAAACAUGCUUUAACAAUUUAUUAGUAUUCUACAUGUUUUUACAGUAUAGUUUAAAUUGAUAACAUCUGCAGGGACACAUUGAAAUAUAAGUGCUUUUAGAUUUUUGUCUAAUUCUAAAAGCCACUUAAAGGCCUGAAACCAGUUUAAUUAGAUUUCAUCAGAAUAGCAGUCAAACAUCUUUGUAAAGAAAUAUGAACGUUCAAUGAAGAAAAUCAUGCCUGGAUACUUUUGCA